UUUAAUACUUUUUCCAUGUUGCACGCAUCAAUAGCAGAGGACACAGAGGAAAUAGAAACAGCGUGAGGGAGAGAGAGAGAGAGAGGACUUAGGAGUGAGGUGUACUCUAUUUUCUCUCUGUCAUUUCAGGUUUCCUGAGCACCGGGAGAGAAGAAGAAGAACAGUGGAAAUGGGGAGAACAUAAGCUCGGAAGAGGAAGAAAGUAUCCACCUUGAACUUUCGCAGGUUGCAUGCAAGGCAAUCCACUCGUUAAUCUCUCAUUGCGGAGCCAAGAUCUCUUUUUUUCUCUCCCUUUUCUUGGUUUCAUCUCUAGCUCCAACUGCGAAAGGGAUAUAUAUGAAUAGCAAGAGACAGCUAAGGAUCUAAGCCUCUUUUGUAUGCGGCGGCUUGUUUUUAGAUGAGGGGAAUGCCCUUCAGUCUUUCGGGGAAGGGAGCGCUGGAAGCAAUAGCAGCUCAAAUCCUUGGGGAGGAAGACAAAGGCGGCACCUUUUGGAGUGGCUGUAGUCAUAGGAAGAGGAAAGGGGAGGUCUUGGAACCCAGAUCGGUUUUGUAUCACAGGAGGAGCCCAAGCCCUCCUACCUCUACAUCCACCCUGUCUUCUUCUCUUAGCAGCGGCGGCGGCGGUGGAGGUGGAGGCUCAACUGAGACCGGCGGAGUGGCGGCAGUCUCUGAAAACCCCUCCCAGAGGAAGGAGGAAUGGGCGACGGAGCUACACCCCAUCGCUGGAUCACUGGAGAUGAGUGGCAUCGUCAGCGCAGGCGAGAAGUGUGGGAUAGGGGCUGACGACUGGGAGACGAUGCUUACUUCCUCAGCCGCUUCCCCGAACCAGGAGCAAACUUUCCUCCGCUGGAUCAUGGGAGACAUCGACGAUCCUUCCUCUGCUUCAAAGCAUCAUCAUUAUCAUCAGGUUCCCUCCCAGGCGCCGCCGGUGGAGUUUGACGCCGGUAUCACCGUUGCGGGCUUUGGUCUCGUCGACCCACUCCUGGGAUUUGAACCCAUCGGAGGAAUCGCCGGCACUACGUCCUCCGGUGGGUUUUACCAGGGCAGCAGAAACAUCGAUGGUAAAAAAGCAAAUUUUAUAAACCCACCGUCUGGUAUGACCUUCCAAGAACCCACUGAUGAGAAGCCCCAGCUUUUUAGCCCUAACCUCCUACAAACCAAUAUUUCUCCUAACCCAGCUUUUUUUCUUCCAAGUUCAUCUCUUACUGCAGCCACAGCACAACACCAGACCUCCAACCUCCUCUCUCCUCACCCCAAGCGUCACCAGUCCAUGCCUCAUGACUCAGCUUUCUCAAUCCCUUCCUUGUGCGCCGGCCAGCUCCAAGCAUACCCAUAUCAACUCCAGCAACGGCUGAUGAAGCCCAGGCCUUCAUUGGCUGGGAAUGAUGCAGCGUCUACUGCUGCCAUGGCCUUACAGCAGCAUCAGGCCCUUAUUGACCAGCUCUUCGAAACAGCUGAGCUCGUCGAGGCCGGGAAUUUCAUCAGCGCCCAUGGGAUAUUGGCGCGGCUCAAUCACCAGCUCUCCUCCCCUCUGGGAAAGCCCCUUCUCCGCUCAGCAUUUUACUUCAAGGAGGCACUGCAAGUCCUUGUAGCAAACUCUUAUAAUCCUCCACUGGUCACCUCCUCUCCUUCGCACCAUCACAGAACACCAUUCACUACUUCGUUGUUCACUCCAUUGGAUGUAGUCCUCAAGCUCAGUGCCUACAAGACCUUCUCCGAGGUUUCCCCUGUUCUCCAUUUCACCAACUUCACUGUCACACAAGCUCUCCUUGAGGAGCUUGGCACUGCGGAUUGCAUCCACAUCAUAGACUUUGAUAUUGGAAUUGGCGGGCAAUGGUCCUCCUUCAUACACGAGCUCGCACAGCGUAGGCGUUCUUCCACUGCCCCUCGGCUCAAAAUCACUGCUUUCGUCUCCCUCUGCGCCUUCCACCCACUAGAACUCCAUCUUACCCGUGAAAACCUCGCCCAGUUUGCUGCUGACCUCAACAUCCCAUUUGAAAUCAACAUCUCUAGCUUAGAAUCUUUUGACCCUGUUGAAAUCCUUGCGGUCUCGGCAGGUUGCAAUGAGAUAAUUGCUGUGAACCUUCCUGUAGGAUCUGCGCUUAACCCAUCCUUUUCGACAUUGCUUCGCCUUGUCAAGCAAUUGACACCCAAGAUUGUCAUGUCCGUUGAUCAAGGCUGUGAUAGGAGCGACUUACCUUUUUCCCAUCACUUCCUCCAUGCAUUACAGUCCUCCAUGAUCCUCCUUGACUCCAUUGAUGCAGCUGGAAGUAACAUGGAUAUGUCCAACAAGAUAGAGAGGUUUAUUCUUCAACCCAAGAUUGAGAAUUGCAUAAUAGGGCGUUACCGUGCUGCUGACAAGAUGCUACAAUGGCGAACGCUUUUUGCAUCAGCUGGUUUUGUGCCAGUGCAGUUCAGCAACUUCACGGAGAUGCAAGCAGAGUGUCUGUUAAAGAGGGUUCAGGUGAGGGGAUUCCAUGUAGAGAAGCGGCAGGCUUCACUUUACCUCUAUUGGCAACGAGGCGAGCUGGUGUCGAUUUCAGCAUGGAGGUGCUAAGGAUCUUUUACUUUCUACAUCCCUGCAAGCAUGUCAUCUGGUAAUAUCUCAUAGUCACUUUUCCUAUGGUUAUCUUUUGUAGACAUUGUAGAUCUUAAGAAUAUGAAGAUUCUGUGGUGACAAACCUAUUUUGUUAUCCUAAGUUCCUUUUGUCUUACCAAUUGGUCAUCAGUUCAUUUCUCAUGUGUUCAAAGACAGAUUCCUGCUUUGUAGAAAAGGUAUCUAACAAGUUUGACAGUUUGGCUCAGCUUAAAUUGUGCAUUUUUUUUCUUAUUUCAAUGCAUGUGUGUUGAAAAUAUGAGAUUUGAAUUUCACCAAGAAACAAUUCUCGUGUUUUGAUGGUGUGGUUGUAGCAUUUAACGUCAACAAUUUCAAUUUGACUGUGAAUU